AGAAAACAGGAUUUUACAAGAAAACUUACAGAUUUGUUUUCCCCCCAACUGUGCCCAUUGAGGUAGACAAUAAGGAAAGUGAAACUGCUUCUGUUGUUCAUGUAGUGGCAUUUCUCCAGUUUUGACCAACAUUUUUGAAAUCAUGCCUGACUCUUAAAGAAGAAAGAGAAAUAAGGGAACAAGUCCUUUGCAUGUGGUAAAGAGAUUCCUUAAAUGUGUAUGUGUCCACCGCUGUAUUGCUUUUUGUUGGUUUCCGGCUCAUUGCGUUCCUCUCAAGAGAUGAGGAAGGUUCACACUUAAAAGGGAAUGUGAGCAAAAACAGGAAACCUCAGAACAAUCUUUGGUAGUGAUUCAUUUAAUUCAAGUUAGAAAUGCUUGUUGUGUUUAUUUUAUUAAAAAAUUCAAACUUGUAUACAUAUUUUUUCUAAAUACCACACAAGCCCAAUGAAGGCAUUUUUUGUGAUAUUGAGCUAUAUAAAUAAAAUUCAAAAUUGAAAAGCCUUUGCAUAACAUUAUUAUGUUUAUUUUAUCUUUGUUUGUUGUUGUUUUUUUUUUUUUUUAGGGUUUGGUAUUGACUCAAGCUAAAUCUGCAUUUUCCACUUGAUCGCUAUCAGACAAGAUGAACUCCAAGAUGAAACCUGAGCUCACUAAUGAGCAGCAGAAAGCAAUCUGCUCUCAGCUGGGAAAUGUUAUGAAACUGAAGUUGCUCUACAAAGCCAGCAUCCAUGGUUUUACCAGUGCAGCUUUCCACCAACACUGUGACAACAAGUCACCCACUGUGUCUGUGGGCUACAACAACUCUGGUUUUGUGUUUGGAGGCUACACCAGACAACCGUUCAGUCAGUCUGGACAGUUUGUAAGUGAUGAUAAGGCCUUUGUGUUCUCCUUCAGUGGAGAAAAGCUCAACAAAUAUCCAGUCACUGAUGCUUCACGUGCAGUGAAAAUGACAAAGAACAGUGGUCCUAACUUUGGGGACACACUGAUUCUUGCCAAUAAAAACAAGCCAAAAGUGUUCAGCAAUCCUGGAAGUCCCAGAAAUCCUUUCUGCAAAAAACAUUACAGCUUUACUGCUGAAGAGAUGCAUGACAAUAACCUGGACCUAACUCAAUGUGAAGUUUACCAGGUGGAAGAAUACCACACAUUUGAGAAACCAUGGAGGGAAGUGACUUGGAAGUAUGAGGAAAAGGAGAAGUUGAUCGAGAGAAUUAAAUCUUACAAACCUCCGAUCAGCUCUGUGCCUGCAGCCCAGGUUUUACUUGUUGGACCAGUUGGAGCUGGAAAGUCCAGCUUCUUCAAUUCUUUCAAGUCUGUAUUCAGAGGUCAUGUCACCGGCCAGGCCAUGGCUGGAACUUCCACAACCAGUGUGACAAGACUUUUUCGCACCUUUACCGUGAUGUCUGAACUGGAUGGCAAACUUCUGCCAUUUGUCAUUUGUGAUACCAUGGGACUGGAGGCAGAAGAGGGGGCAGGGCUUAAUCCUGUUGAGAUCAGUAACAUCAUCAAUGGUCACAUAUCUGACCAAUAUCAGUUCAACUCCUCUGUUCCUCUGCAUUCUGAGGCUCUAGGUUUCCGCAAAAAUCCAGAACUUAAAGACAAGAUCCACUGUGUGACUUAUGUCCUGGACGCCACCAAGAUCUCCAUCAUGCUUCAAAAUAUGGAGAAGAAACUGAAAGCUAUCCGUGAGACAGUCAACUUGUCAAGGAUCCCUCAGCUGGUGUUGCUCACUAAAAUAGAUGAAGCCUGCCCUCUGGUGAAAGAAGAUAUCACAAAAGUCUACAAGAGCACGUACAUCAAGGAAUUAAUGCAGGAGGCUGCAACUCGUAUCGGUGUAUCUUUGUCCUGCGUUGUUCCAGUGAAGAACUACAGUGAGGAGCUGAAACCAGACAUGAGCAUUGACAUCCUGCUGCUCAGUGCAGUCGAUCAGAUGCUCAACCUUGUGGAUGACUUCUUUGAUGAGCCCAGAGACUGAAUAAGCAGUAAUAGAAUCCUCCUCUUUGUCUUUUGGCUGCCCCCGUCAGAGGUCACUAUAACAAACCAUCUGUCUCCAUGCUAUUACGCAUUUCAAACUCCGGUCACUCUCUACCUGUCACCGUCAAAAAAUCCUCCCUCUUCCACAACCAAAAGUAUGCCCUCCUGCCUAUGGGCCUGCAGGAAUUUAGGACAGAAAGCUGCAAGAUUGUUGUUGUGAAACCUGUAAAUUCUACCUAACCUCUUAUCACAUUUUAGAAGACAUACAGAACUUGAGUUAAUUGGAUCUUGUGUUAAAUGAAAACAGCGAAGGCGAGAUGGCGCCUGUGUUUGGUUUGGCCACUGCCGGCAGCAGUCUGUGACAGAAAUCUAUGUUUAUGUUUAUUUCUGUUCUUUUGGUUUUAUUUUUUACAAUGUUUUAGCUGAUUUUGUUUAUGACCUUGUUAUACUGUUAUCUAUCAGAUUUUUGUUGACUGGCAAUGACACCUUGUCUUCCUGCGCCGGUGUUUUCUGUUCCCUGUAUUCGGUAUCUCCAGCCAGUUCCCAGACUGAAGGUCUACUGGGACUUCUCAGAUCUUGGUGGAAAAACCUGGCUGCGAUGGAAGCGUGGAGUAUUUGGUAGACGUUGUCGAGCAUUCCUGGCUACCCAUGAUCUGUCGGCUUUCUCCGAUCCAGACGCUCCUCCCGUGUCCCUGGUCCGACAUCCAGGAUCUGGAUUCCUGACGCAGUGUUACUGAAGACUGUUUAUCCAGACUUUUCUUUUGACUGGCCGUCUCUCCCCGACGUUUUCAAUUAGCGGAUCGUCCGGGAUCUAACCCUGAACUCCCCUGUCCCCUGACGUGGGUCGCUAGCAGUUGGGCUCCUGUCCCAUUAAAACUAGAAUGGCCCCUGUCACAAAAGUAUCUCCCUAGAUUAACAACAGUAUUCGCCGUCAAAAACAGUCUUGCAGAAAAAUUAAACAUUUGUGGAAAAAACUCACCUGCAUGUUCAUCUCCUUUAUCUUGAAGAUCUUUUAGUUUCUUUCAACAAUGCUGUUAGAGAUAUGAGGGCUGCAUAUUUGACCAAUCUCAUUUCUAAAUGCAGAGGUAAUCCUAAGGUGCUGUUUAACACAAUUAGUGAAGUUGUUAGGCGUAGUCCACCUGCUGUUCUCAUCCACUCAAAUUAUGAUUGUGAAAGAUUUCUUAUUAUUUUUCAUUGAAAAAGUAAGAUCUGUGCAAAACUCUCUGUGUCACACAGCCGCCUUAGUUUCUCUUCCUACCCCACCUCGGCCUGUGAUGUUAGACACGUUUCCACCCGUUUGUCGCCCUGAGGUAGUCAGAUUAAUGGGCACAAUGAAGUCAUCUUCCUGCUCCCUCGAUGUGUUGCCAACACCUUUGCUUAAAGGUGUCU